CGCAGAUGUGAGUGGAACAGAUGAAGUUCAUCUUCCACAGCUGGUGAUGGCGGAUGUUGUUGAGAAAGACACCAUGAAGAAUUACCGCAUAGCGUCUGAGAAGAUCAACCCGGAGACGCAUCGCUAUCCGUACUGCGUGGUGUGGACGCCCAUCCCCGUGUUAUCAUGGCUGUUUCCAUUCAUUGGCCACAUGGGAAUCUGCACUUCCACGGGUAUCAUCCGGGACUUUGCCGGACCUUACUUUGUCUCAGAAGACAACAUGGCUUUUGGGAAACCGACAAAGUACUGGGUGCUUGACGUUAGCAAAGUCUACGCUAGUGGCUCCAAUGCCUGGGACACGGCGGUACACGAUGCUUCAGAGGAGUACAAGCACAGGAUGCACAACCUGUGCUGUGACAACUGUCACUCACAUGUCGCCAUGGCUCUGAAUCUGAUGCGCUAUGAAAACAGCACCUCGUGGAACAUGGUCAAACUCUGCCUGCUUGCUCUGAUCCAUGGAAAACACGUCAGCUGUGCGGGCUUUCUGAAGACCUGGCUGCCUUUCCUGAUGCUGGUGGGCAUCAUCCUUACAGUGGUCGUGGCCAUGAACCUGCGGUGACCUGGGAGGCGGGGUCAAAGACACAGCGGGAACCCCCGCAGGUCGGAUGUGGGGUUGACCUUUUUAGCCAACGAGGGGGGGUCGUCGCACGGUGUCGGGCGGAAGUAAUCGACGAGAUAAAGACUACUUACCUCCAACAGAAGAAUGACCAACACAUGCUUGGUGUGUGGGAAGCCUGGUGUUACUCCAGUGGUGAAGCUGGAACGUCCUAGUGAUGGAAAGUCAUUUAUAUUCAGUCACUUAUUGAGAGAGAAGACACCACGACUACCAGAACAACACAAACACACUUAAUGGAUUAUGAUUAUUGAAAGCCUAACAGCAGGUUUAAGCCAUCGCCACCUGCACAGUGUCGACGUUGUUGUCGUCGCAUUGAUAGUUGAACAGAGGAACAUGUACGUUGUUGGGAACACAUUCAUGCCUUGCUUUUCAGAUUUCUGAUGAUUUUACUUUGUAAUGGAUUGGGAGUGUAAUCCCAUGAUUCAGUGCUUCCAGGAUGCCAUUUUUAUAUACCGGGGAGCACAAACAUGUUAAAUCAAUUAGAUGCCUUUCUAGGGAAUUUAUUGCAUUUCAUGCCUGAUCUAAUGUAGCUCUACUGCAACUUACAGCUCAAUACGCCAGAGCGGUUUGUAAUUUUUGUGCAUUUUCUUACUUAACUCAUAUCAAAAAAAAGGCUGCAUCUUCUAAAAAGAAAUAUUUUCUCAGAGAUAUGUUGUACAUGCAUUUACAUGUAUCCACCUCAUGGUACUACUUUUAAUAGGAUGUUUUCAUACCUUUUAACUACAAAUCAUCAAUGCAA